GGAACUUCAGUGCUCGACCUAGUCUUGUCGUAGCAGUAGCUAACUGUUUCAACAUAAUAAAGUUUUGGAUCAUCAUGAUCGAUCAUCAUCAUGAUGUAGUGCGAUUUCAUUUACCAGAUCUGUACUUUUACGAUUAGAUAGUUGUUAAAAGAUACAUCAACAUCAUGCGGAGCAGCACGCACAGGGAGCAAGACGGCCAAGACCGUAACAGACACAGGCAGCUGCGGCAAGGACCUCCUGCGAGGCGUAACGUGCUCGCGGGAAGACGAGCGGCGAUACUAUGCCUUCAGGCUGGGAUGUUUGGCGAGCGGAGUCACCGGGGAGGACGUUGGCUGCCCGUUUUGCCCUGGCCUUGCGGCAAGCACGCAGCACCUACUAGAGUGCCCUGCGCUCCAGGCUCUAGUAGAGGCCCACGGAGUUCCGGCGAAUGUUGGGGUGGCUGCGUCGAACCCGAAGCGGCUAAUCCCAUACCUUCGCGACUUAGCGACCAGCUUCGGCGGUGCGUUCUUGCGAGCGCAGCCGCCACACCUCCAGUGAAGACAAGGGGAAACGAGUAGCGGCUGCUGUGGUAAACCCAUCGCUGCCCGCUACGAUAGGACGGGGGCCGAGAUAGGUGGUGGCGAACAAAGAACGAGCAGGGAGGAGACAAGAAAGGAAGCACGCGAAGACAAAAAAGAACGAAGACAAAACGAGAACGCGAAGAACAGUGCACGCAGGCCGCAAGAACGUCAACCAAACCCGGACGCGCCUCGCCGCCAGGUGCUACCUACGCGCAGUCGCCGCCGCCUGCAGCACGCCGCGCCUGGCAUGCCACAAAAGCCGCAGCUGGCGGGGACUGUGGCGACCUGACAUGAAACCAUAGUCGAUCGCAAUGACGACCAUAGCACUACACACACAGAGCACAAAGAAAUCCGGCGGGAUCGUACGCGUCGCCCGGAGCGCAUCAAAACAAACAAACAAAUACAUCAACAUCAUAGCUUUUUGAAAAUGAAUCGACAUAAUCUCAAUCAAUGAAUGUUGAUCUCUUCCAUGAAUUCUCAAGGUCAACAACAGGAACACACGAUUGCCGGUUUUUUGCCACAGGAUUAAGGUCGAAUAAUUGAAAAUGAAUGAUGCAGCCAUCUCUCUGUUUGGAAUUGGACAGUAGUAGGGGAGCAGCAAGUUUUGCGAGCAUUUCAUCUAAGUCUGACCAACUAACACUAUAAUUCCGACUAUCUAUGCAUAUGCCAUAUGAUGAUCGAUAUUUUUAGUCUUUUUUGGACAUGAUGUCGUAUGUUUUUCUUCAGGCGCCUAGUGAUAGUGCUGCACAUGUUGUAGAAGAUAUCAGUAACGGAAGCUUCACCGUUAUCGAAGUACAUGCAUAGAUUUAGCACAUGAUUUGGUUUUUGAUCAGCCUCACGUUCGACAGUUGUUAGUGGUAAAAUAUCAUUGCACAGAUACAGAAGAAGAAAAAUGUUACACCGAAGCUCGGUCAAGAUUAUUAUCCAAAAACAAGCAUUGUACAGCUAAAA